CUGGUCCCGGCGAGUGACUGCUGUAGGUAGCUAGCAGCCCAGCAGUGACUAAACUAGUAGACUCAGUGAGACUUGGGAUGUGGCGAAGUGAAGGUGUAGCAGAGUAAGCCGGUGAAAUAUAAACCAUAAUGGGUCAGCAUGUGUCGAGGAGUGAUUUUGAGUGGUCAUACACAGCCGAGCCACAUGCCACGAGGAGAAAAGAGAUACUGAAAAAACAUCCGGAAAUUAAGAACCUUUUUGGCAAUGAUCCAAAUUUGAAAUGGUGGGUUCUGUGCCUGGUCACGUUCCAGUUUGUCUCACUCUUCGUCAUUCGCGACUUCCCAUGGAUGUGGGUUCUCCUAUUAUCCUACUGUAUUGGAGGGACCAUCAAUCACUCACUGAUGUUAGCAAUUCAUGAAAUAUCACAUAACUUGGCCUUUGGACACUCAAGACCUCUAGCAAACCGUGUAUUGGGUAUUUUUGCAAACCUACCCAUCACUCUACCUUUUUCUGUGGCAUUCAAAGGCUACCAUCUAGAACAUCAUAAGUAUCAAGGUGAUGAAAAACUCGACACAGACAUCCCAACAAAUCUAGAGGCUACUUUGUUUUGCACAACAUUGGGGAAAAUGAUAUGGAUGUUUUUCCAACCGUUAUUUUAUGCCCUUCGUCCUAUUAUAACAUAUCCAAAGCAGCCAACCUUGUUGGAGUUCAUUAAUACUACCAUCCAAUUGAGCUUCAACUUUUUCGUAUUCUAUUACUUUGGAGGCAAGUGUUUGGUGUACCUUUCAGCUGGGUCUCUUCUAGCAAUGGGUCUUCAUCCAGUGGCUGGCCACUUUAUUUCUGAGCACUACAUGUUUGAGCGUGGGUUUGAAACUUACAGCUAUUAUGGCCCAUUGAAUUAUUUAACAUUCAAUGUUGGCUAUCAUAAUGAACAUCACGAUUUCCCUUAUAUCCCUGGCUGCAGACUUCCCAAGGUAAAAGAAAUUGCCCCAGAAUUUUAUGAUGACUUACCCCAGCACAAGUCUUGGGUGAAAGUUAUCUACGAUUUCAUCAGUGAUCCAGCAAUCGGACCUUAUGCGCGUAUCAAAAGAAAGCACGUUGGUAAAGAAGACUAACUAUUUUUAUAGGCAUGUUUUUAAAUACUAUGUAAGUUGGAGACUUAACUAUUUUAUGUCAAAAAGCUAAAUCCUAGUAAGAUUUAUUUUCUUUAUGAAGAUGAAUGUCUUUAGUGACUAUAAUGACACUGAUGUGCAUAUCUUGUUAAUCUGUAGAUUUGCAUAUCAGCAAGUAAGCAAAUUACAUGCAUGAGUUAAGCAUUGUUCAUGGUAUGUAACCAGAAAUCAGUUAAAAGUUUUUGUAUAUAAAAGUUGCCGUGUGCCAGAUUCAGACUUAUUGAGUCAGAAUAAGUAAAUUUGCAGAUUCUUCAUAAGAUAUCCACAAAGCAGAACCCUAGCUAAACAGUAACACUGACCUGGAAUUUAUUCCUGAAUAAUCCCUUGUGAGUUUUAUUGACAGAGGCCAGUUAAUAUAUAUUUAGUGCACUGGUUAUUAGAGACUAUAACUGAAUAAGUAUUUUUCCAUAUUUGUGGCUUAAAGAUUUUUCUGAAUAAUAGCUCUAGUUGGUCAAAUUUUGUUAUGCAGUAGUAUAUACUUUGUAUUAGUAUGUAAGCUUAAUGACAUUGAUCUUCCUGUUUUGCAAAUAGAAAUUUGAUUAAAUACUAUGUUUGCAUUAAGAAAUGUGUCAACAGGAGUAGUUCAAGGCAUUAUUCUUCAUAAUAUGAAAAUAUGCUACUUGGAAUAACAUAAUAUAACAGUCUUUUAUGGCAGUUUGUGUGUUUUUUAUAUACUGUAUUUGCUGGCUUAUAAGAUUGCACCCCAUUGUGCGGGGCAUGCUCAGGAAAAAGCAAGACUACCCACCUUUUUCACAGCUCCCCCAACUGAAGAUUGUUUAGAAGCUUCUGUUAUGAGAAAACAGUAAAACUUAAGUGUUUUGGGAUAUUAGGCAUCUGCCCUUCACGAAAUACAGUACUGUAUGCAUUUUUCUGAAUUAUAGCAAUGGCCUUUACCUGACUCAGUGACUAGCAUAGGUUUUGACAACAAUUUUUUGCCUUUCGCAUGUGGGUCAUAAAUUUUUGAUAUUGUAAUUUUAGGCCUGUUAAAGGUAAUUUAUGUGCUAUAGUAUGCAAAAGUUUAUUACACUAGCAAAACACAUCAUUGGUGCUUUUUGCAAGAGAAAUAUGUAGAAGUGGAUGAUAUGUAAAACAAUACAAAAGUCAGUGCAAUCAUAAAGACUGAUUUUACAAUUAUUGAAGCUAGUUGGUUUCCAUGUAGGUGAUUUGUGAAACCCUAAUGAAAAAAUGUGAAGAAAAUGUGACAUAUAUAUUGUUACUUUGAUCAAUGUUAAGGAUACCUGUAAAGUAUGGUAAUUGAUAUUUAUGUUUUUCUUUGAAGAGGAAAACUAAUUUUUAGUUUUUUAUAUUUUCAUUUUAUUAUAUUUGGAAAUUGAAAACUGAAUAUUGAAGAAAUUUUGUUGGUUUAACUUGUAUGUGCAAUUCAGCAGUUUAUGUACUAUUACAUCUGAGGGGGAAAACCAUUAUUAAUUAGCAAAAGUAGCUGCCAGUAACUCUAGGCUAAGAUUGCAUGCUGACCUUCACUUAGAAAAUAAGCAUUCCUUAUAUGUUGGCAAAUACAGUAAGUAUAUUUAUGUAUUAUCAUCAUUAAGCACUGGUCUCUAAGCAGUAGUUUUAUUCUGUAUAAAAAAAAAGUAAUUUAUCCCCUAUAGAGUCAACAUAUCUCCUGAUCAUUUCAAGACAAAACAGAAUGUUAAUAUAUUGUGGUUUUGCAUACCAACUUCUUGUUAGGAAUGUUAUUCAUUCCUUGUUUGUACGGCUGUAGAUGAGGAGAAACUGGUUUGGAGCUUCCAUGAAAAUAUUAUACAGUGAAUGGCAAAUGGAAAUAAUAAUGUUCUUAUGUAUGUGCUAUCCUUAAUUAUACUUUUUCAAAAGUU